AUGAAUUUAAUGAAUUUAAUUCAAAGAUUUAUAGUAGCAGGAGUAGCUAUACCAAUAGUAAUAUUUUGUAUUAAAUAUCAUUCAUUAUUAAUUUUAAUUACAACAUUGUUAUCCAUUGUUGGUAUUUUUGAAUUACAUGGUAUUACUAAUAGAAUUGUUGAUUUAAUUUUACCUUUAUCCUCAAAUAAUAAUAUCAAUAACAAUAAUAAUAACAAUGAUACUACUACUAAUACAUCUAAUAAUAAUAAUAACAAUACAACAACAACAACAACAAUUAAACUUUCAUCUAUUAAAGAAAUAUCAACACCUCAUGAUUUAAAAAUUCUAUCCAAUUCAUCUUUUUAUAUUGAUUUAAUAUUAACACUUGUAUUAACAUUUAUUUCAUAUUUUUAUCCAAAUAAUUUAGAAUUAUUAUUUAGUUAUGUUAUAUUUAUUUAUUUUAGUAUUUUUAUAAUUGAUAUGAUUUUAUUUUCAUCAUUUGGAAAGAGUGAUGAAGAACAUACAAGAACAUUUAUUAAAAUAUUUUUGAGAACAUUUUCAGUAUUAUAUAUUGGAUUAGGAUUUUCAGGAGCACUAAUUAUGGUAAAAACACAUCGUUUAUUAUUAGUAAUUACUUUAUUUGAUAAUUGGUCAUCUGAUGCAUUUGCAUUAGCAUUUGGUAAAUCAUUUGGUAAAUAUAAAUUACAUCAAUAUUUAUCACCUAAUAAAACUAUUGAAGGUGGUAUUGGUGCUAUAUUUGGAAGUGUUUUAUUAUCUAUUAUUUUAUAUUUUAUUAAUUAUUUUAUUUUUGAUUUACAUUUAUUUUUUGAACAAUCAAAUAUUACAAUUGCAAGUUCAAAUAAUUGUACUUAUAAUUGUAAUUCAUUAUAUUAUUAUAUUAUUUAUGGUAUUAUUUUAGGUAUUUUAGGUAUAAUUGGUGAUUUAAUUGAAUCUUAUUUAAAAAGAAUUGCAAAAGUUAAAGAUUCUGGUUCUUUCUUUGGUGCACAUGGUGGUGUUUUAGAUAGAAUUGAUGGUUUAUUAUUUUCAUUCCCAAUUAUUUAUUUUAUUCAUUUAUUUGUUUUUUAA